CUGGCCGAGGAGGUGCGCCAAUAUGACGGUCACUACGACCAAACGGCUGUUCAGCGACUUCCCCAGCGGGAUCAACAUCCCAGAUCCACCUCUGGACAGAACCCUUCACCGUCGAUUGGCAUCUCCUCUCAGUCGUCCAGUCUGUCCGUGGGCUCUGCCGACAUGUUGUCCUGCCAGAGGAUAGCGCCAGUGACGGCACCAGGUCUGCCGAUGCGUCAACUGGCCGACAUAGCAACGACUAACAAAGGCAGCCAUGGUCACCAGAUUUCCGAUCUUGCCUCUCACCUCCAGUCGCAGGCCUCCGCCCGCCACCCGUCCACCCAACAAAACUACGCCCCCCAGCAUCAGCAUCAACUCCAGCACCAGCUCCAACUUCAGCACCAGCAGCAACCGCGUAACCACCAACAGGCCAACGCAAAAGAGUCGGACUGCUCAGACUCGGAGUUGUGCCAGAUAGCACAGCACCAUCUGGCCACUAUGCAGACCCAGAACUCGCAGCAUCCCCACCACCAGCAUCACCAUCAUCAUCAUCACCAUCAACAACAACAACAACAACAACAACAGCAAAACCAGCUCAUGUAUGCGCGCUGCUCAGUCCACUCUUCGUAUGGCCAGACAGAACAUCAACAGGCCGGGCUUCAUCUCGCUCAGCCUCCGCCUGUCGGGCUGAUGUUGUCAAGCAAAGAGGAGCCGGGUCUGGAGGCAUCUUGCGCCAGACCCGACGGCCGUUUGUCGCCGGGGCUGGCGGCCUCGAAGCCGUUGAGAAGCGGAUUAUCGCAGCCCGCUGGGUCGACCUCGCCGGUACCACUCGCCUCUCCACUGCCGCACGGUUCGGCCAUGAACGAGGCCGUCUUGUCUGCGAAUGCGGCGGCUGCCGCCGUCUCCGCUGCCUAUCACUCGGCCGCCGCGAUGGCGGCAGCCGCCGUGGUUGCUCAGGCUGCGGUUGCUCAGGCCACAGCCACUGGCGGCGGCUCGGGCUCGAGCUCAGGACCUGGUCCGGGCUACUCAACCGAUCCCGGUUACCCGGGCAGCCCAGGCCUGUCGGGCUGUGGACUUGGUCUGCCGGGCCGGACGAGUACGGGCAGUAGUAGCGGCGGACUCAGUGGACAAGGCCUCUCGGCCGGGAAGACGAGCAAAAGCAAGAAGAUGGCCUCUACGGGUGAGCGAUCUAUCUCUUUAGACUCACAAUACAGGACUGAGCUGACCGAGGUUCGCCUCGGCACAACUGCUCUCUUGAUCGUGGGAAAACUCAGAAAUCAUUUUGGUUUCCCCUCACUUACUUAA